UUUGGAAAAGCCUUUUUUGGAAAAAGCCUCUUUGGAAAACGCCCCUCUGGAAAAGACCUCCUUGGACCAAGCCUGUUUGAAAAAAGCCUUUUUGGAAGACUCUUUCCCUCAGAUUAAUCCAGCCUUGGGAUGCUCUUGGGAAAGGCUUCCUUGGAAAAGGCUCUUUGGGAAAAGUUUCUUUGGAAAAGGCCAUUUAGGAAAAGGCCAUUUGGGAAAGGUUUCUUUGGAAAAGGCCGUUUGGAAGAAGUUUUUUUGGAAAAGGCCUCUUUGGGAGAAGACCCUCUUUGGAAGAGACGUCUUUGGAAGAUACCAUUUGGGAUGAGCCCAUUUGGGAUGAGCCCUUUUGGGAAAAAUCCUCUUUGGAAAAGUCCUCUUCGGAAAAGGCCAUUUGGAAAAGCCUUUUUUUGGAAAAAGCCUCUUUGGAAAAGACCUCCUUGGACCAAGCCUGUUUGAAAAAAGCCUUUUUGGAAGACUUUUUCCCUCAGAUUAACCCGAUUUUCCCAUUGUUUCCCAUGCCCAGAAAGCCACUUGGAGGAUGGAACCAGAGCUGCCGGGAGGAGCAGGAGGAGGAGGAGGAGGAGGGCGAGGAAGGGCUGAUCGAGUUCUACGGCUCCUUCAAGGAGAUGUUUGAGUUCUUCUGCAAGAACAGCACGAUCCACGGCACCGUCCGGCUGGUGUGCUCCGGCAGGAACCGCGCCAAGACGGCGUUCUGGACGCUGCUGCUGCUGGCCAGCCUCGCCAUGCUCUACUGGCAGUUUGCCCUCAUGUUCAGCCAGUUCUGGGCCUACCCCGUGGUGCUCACCAUGUCCAUGGACUCCGAGCCCAAAAUGUUCCCGGCCGUCACCGUCUGCAACCUGGAUCCCUACAGGUUUGAGCUGAUCAGGGAGCAGCUGGAGCAGCUGGAGCGCAUGGCCGAGGAGUCGCUGACCUUCCUGUACGGCCCCAAGGCCUCGGCCAGGCUGUCCCACCUGAGGGACAGGGACAGGGACAGGGACAGGGACAGGGACGGGGCCAUCCCUGUCCAGCCCCGGGCCAACCUCAGCAGCAACUUCAGGCUCAGCCACAACUUCUCCCUGGUCAGGAUGUGGGAGCCCAGGGCCGGCAGGAAACAUUCCAGGGUGGGAUUCCGGCUGUGCAACGCCACGGGCGGGAAUUGCCUGUUCAGCUCGCAGGCGUCGGGCGCGGCCGCGCUGCAGGAGUGGCUCCGCUUCCACUACAUCAACCUGGUGGCGCAGCUGCCGCCGGCGCUGGCCCGGGCCCCGCGGCGCUUCCCGGAGCUCGUGUACUCGUGCCAGUACGGCGGCGAGCCCUGCCGGCCCAGUGAUUACGUUCCCUUCCACCACCCAGUUUUUGGGAGCUGCUACACUUUUAACAGCAGGGGGACAGAUCCCUUCUGGAAAGCCACAAAACCAGGAAUUCCUUAUGGGCUGUCCCUGAUCCUGCGGGCCGAGCAGAAGGAGCACAUCCCGCUGCUGUCCACCGUGGCCGGGGUGAAGGUGAUGAUCCACAGCCACAACCAGACGCCGUUCCUGGAGCACGAGGGCUUCCACAUCCGCCCGGGCAUCGCCACCACCAUCGCCAUCCGCCAGGACCAGGUGAAUCGCCUGGGCGGCAACUACGGCAAGUGCACCACGGACGGGGCCGACGUGGCCGUGGAGCUGCUCUACAACAACUCCUACACCCUGCAGGCCUGCCUGCACUCGUGCUUCCAGCGCGCCAUGCUGCGCCAAUGCGGCUGCGGCUACGUCUACUACCCGCUGCCCGCCGGGGGGCGCUACUGCGACUACAGCCGCCAGCCCGCCUGGGGGCACUGCUUUUACCAGCUGUACCGGCGGCUCCGCGGUCACCGCCUGGAUUGUUUCCAGCACUGCCCCAAGCCCUGCAGGGAAUCCCUGUACAAGGUCUCAGCUGGCACAGCCAAGUGGCCCUCGCUGAAAUCCCAGGACUGGGUGCGCCAGGCUCUGCGGCACCAGAACGGCUACAACUCCAGCAGCAGCAGGAGGGACGUCGCCAAGGUCACCGUGUUCUACCGGCAGCUGAACUCGCAGGCCGUGCGCGAGGCCCCGCUGCUCUCCGAGAACCUGCUGCUCUCCAGCAUGGGCAGCCAGUGGAGCCUCUGGUUCGGCUCCUCGGUGCUCUCGGUGGUGGAGAUGCUGGAGCUGCUCCUGGACACCCUGGUCCUGUCCCUGCUCUUCUGCUUCCAGAGGCUCCGGGCCGGGAGGAGCCCCAGGCCCGGCCCAAAUUUAGGCCUGGCCCAGGGAAAUUCCCGGGAAUUGCGGGAGGGGCAGGAGGGAGCCCCAGGUUUGGGGUCGGGGCAGCUGCGGGAUGGGGGUGGGAACGGGCAGGAGCGGGAUUUGGGACAGCCCUGAGGAGAUGGGGGCUGAGAGGGGAGGAAUUCCCAAAUUCUGGGGGAAAAGUCACAGGGAUAUCCUGGAUCCAGAGCUGAGGGGGAUGGAGACGGGUGGAAUUCCCAAAUUCUGGGGGAAAAGUCACAGGGACAUCCUGGAUCCACAGCUGAGGGGGAUGGAGAGGAUUAGAAUUCCCAAAUUCUGGGGGAAAAGUCCCAGGGAUGUCCUGGAUCCACAGCUGAGGGGGAUGGAGAGGAUUAGAAUUCCCAAAUUCUGGGGGAAAAGUCCCAGGGAUGUCCUGGAUCCACAGCUGAGCUUGGCAAUGCUUGGAAUUCCCAAAUUCUGGGGGAAAACUCCCAGGGACAUCCUGGAUCCAGAGCUGAGGGGGGUGGAGAGGAUUAGAAUUCCCAAAUUCUGGGGGAAAAGUCACAGGGAUGUCCUGGAUCCCCAGCUGGGCAUGGCAAUGUUUGGAAUUCUCCUGGAAUUCCCUGAAUUCUGACGGAAAGGUGCCAGGGAUGUCCUGGAUCCACACCUGGGAGGUUCCUGAGCGUGGCAGUGCUUGGAAUCUAGCUGGGCUCUGAUCCCAGCUGGAAUUCCCAAAAACCUCCUGGAAUUCCCAAAAAACUCCUGAAUUCCCAAAACCCUUCUUGGGUCUGAUCCCUCCUGGAAUUCCCAAAAACCUCCUGGAAUUCCCAAAAAUCUCUUGGAAUUCCCAAACCCUCUGGAAUUCCUGCUGCUCCGGGGCUGGGCUCGGGAUUUCUGCUGCUUUUGGAUUUCCCAGGAAAUUCCCAGACUCUUCCAGAGGGAAUAAAGAGAAAAAAGAAACGGGAUCGGGAAUUCUUUCGGUCCCAGGAAAAGCAACAGAUUCCUGUGGAAUCUGUUGAUAACAGAGAUAAUGCUAAUUUCUGCUAAUUUUUGUUAAUUUCUGUUAAUAUUUCUGUUAACUUCUGUUAAUUUCUGUUAAUAUUUCUGUAAAUUUUUAUUAAUUUCUGUAAAUUCCUGUACAUUUUUGUUAAUAUUUCUGAUAAUGUCUGUUAAUUUCUGUUAAUUUUUGUUAAUAUUUCUGUUAGUAUUUCUGUUUGUUUCUGUUAAUG